CAGAAUCUGCUGAUGCAGUUCUAAUUGACUGUCUGAAGUGUGGAAAGGGGAUUCCAUUAAGUCAAUGGCAUGCACAUGACAAUGACUGUGAAGGAGGUUCCAGCUCUGGGAAUUCUACAGAAAGUAGUAUCCGUGAAGGUUCUGGUGACAUCCAAGGUGGUAACCUUGAAGCUACAAGUUCAUUAAAUAGAGGAUGCCUAAAAACUCUGAGGGAAAUGUUUCCAGGUGAAACUGAAGAAGAUCUGGUUCGUAUUCUCACAAAGAAUAACUUUGAUUUGGAGAAGUCAGCAAAUGACAUUUUGUGCAGUAAUGCAGGUACUGCACAUGUAUGUAAUUCCAUCUAUUAUGGGGAUAUUGGUCUUGGUUCCACAUCAGACUCAGACUCAGAGCUAUUAGAAAGUCCAUUCAACACUCCAAGUGCAGACAGUACUACACCACCAGCAUCCAAAGCAUUCUCAACUCUGGUAGAGCUAAUGCAGUGUCAUGAAAGGUCCUUAAAACUAAAUGAAGAUCAUGUCAAGCCUAUCCGUGCUUACCGGGAUGAAUUCUGGAAUGAGAGUAUUGUUGUCUUCAAAAAUCCACAGUUUGACUUCACAGCAGCCCCUAGAAUAGUAUUUGCAGGAGAAGCAAGUGUUGAUGCAGGAGGGCUAGGUAGAGAAUAUGGCAUACUGUUGCGUAAUGCAAUAUUCUCAGCCAAAGCCAACCUUUUCGAAGGGGCCAGAAGAUAGGAAAGUGCCAUUAUAUUCGAUUGAUGCCAUUAACUCCAGGUUGUUUCAACUUGCUGGUAAAAUGGUAUCAUAUCUAAUUGUACAUUUAGAUAUAGGCAUUCCCUGUCUUAGUCCAGCAGCCUACAACUACAUUGCGACAGAAUCUGUUUCCCCUGAGUGCUGUUCAGUUGAUGACAUUGUUGAUUUGGAGCUCAAGGACCUUAUCUCAAAGGUGACUGCUGCUGCAGGCAGUGAAGACCUACAAGAGGUUGCUAAUGAUGAAUUUCUUGGGAAUGCACUUAUAAAUCUGAAGCUGAAGCCUCUCACAAUACUCAACAGAAAUCAUGCAAUGCAGACACUUAUUGUGCAUGAUGUGCAGAAAAAACGACAAGAGCCACUGGAUCAGUUCCGUAAAGGACUAGAGACACUGGGAAUUCUUGGCCUUAUCAAAUCCCAUCCAGACCUGAUGGGCGCUUAUUUCCUGAAUACUUGGCAAGCAGCUUUGACAAGUCAGGAAGUACUUGAAUGCCUGGAGUUCCAAGAAGAAGACAAUGACAAGGAGGCCAAUUAUUUCCUUGUUAAAGCCAUUCAGAAUUUGGAGAAUGAACAAGGAAGUGCUGGACUGGAAAAGUUUUUUCGCUAUGUGACAUCCCUGGACAAAGUUCCUCCACUUGGCCUUAGUAGGAAAGUUGAAGUUGAAUUUUCUAACAACAGCAACCAAGCAUUUUUUGCAGAAACUUGUAGCAUGGUGUUAAAGGUGCCAACUGUGCACAAAAGUUUUGAGGACUUCCAGGAAAAAUUUUUAGAAGCCUGCGAGAAUUAUAUUGGUUAUGGUUCCAUUUAAUUCUAGACAUGGACUUCGUAAGGAUCUCUUUUUAUUUAUAUUGUUACAGUUUACAAGCCACUAGUUUUGACUGCAUUGCUCACGUUAAUCACUGUUGAAUUUUGAAAUGUAACAAAUGUAUCUCCUCUGCCAGCUUGUCAGAGUGUAGUCUCGGCCAUGAUGAUGUUUUUUUUUCUUUGGUUAUUCAAAAGUAAAAAUCUAGUGCCGGGACAUGAAAUGAAAAAUGUUAUACCACAGGCCACCUUUGGAAUGUUUUGGUUUGGUCGAGCAUUUGUUAGAAGCAAAUAUAAGUACUCUUUCUAAGUUAAAAAAUGGAUGUGACAGACCAUUAGUGUUUUCAAGAAAUGGAUGUCAUUAUCAGUAAUUACAAGUUCUUGCACCUUUUUUAACGGUGGUACAUAUUUGGAUGUUUUAUUAAACUCAUUUCAUUAAUAUAAUUUGUCCCUUUUUUUUAAAUCUUUAACUGCUCGUUGCUGUUUCUUGAAGAAAUGUUAGUACCUCCAGGUAGAUGUCAACUCCAUAUUCAUCACUGUUGCGUAGAGGGUUAAUUAAGUUUGUGAGUGAUGAGUACUGAGCUGGUUCCAGUGGGUUUGUUGUGUUGGGAACUACAACUGGAGUUUCAUCAUCUAAGCUAACAUCUGGUGCAGGGCCAUCCCAGUCAACACCAUAGU